GCAAGGCAGCGUUCCUUGACUCCAAUGCAGCCCAGAAGUUCCGGAUGCCCCGAACCAAGUGCAGCGAUAUGAUGUUUUAUCUAUAGCAAAACUAAACAAGAUCUUCAGUUCGUCAUUCCACUGCUCCAAUGUAAUGCUGUAUCAAGCUGAUAAACGGAUAAAAUUAAAUGAUGCAACCGAGCACGCUGUUGCGAAUGCCGCGUUUGGGAAACACGGAGAGGCUCCGCGAUUCUCCCCUCCGCCCGGCGCUGACCUGAACGUGCACAGUCACCGAUCUGUGCCGGGUUUUCUUGUCUUCCGUGCGGUAUUACACGAUCCGGUUUUAUACAGUAUGCAAGCGUGGGACCUUCCUUUUUACGCAGAAAGCCGUCUGGAGGAAUAUUUAAUUUCCGUUUUAUCUGAUCCAGCUGCAGCAUGUGUGGGAUAUGGGCCCUGUUCGGCAGCGACGAGUGCCUGGCCAUCCAGUUCUCCAACGCCAUGAGGAUAGCGCACCGUGGGCCGGACGCCUUCCGCUUCGAGAACGUCGAUGGCUUCACCUGCUGCUGCUUUGGCUUCCACCGAUUGGCUAUUGUAGACCAGCUGUGCGGAAUGCAGCCCCUGAGGGUCCGCAAGCUUCCUUACCUGUGGCUCUGCUACAACGGCGAGAUCUACAACCACCAGACGCUGAAAAACCGAUUCGAGUUUAAUCACGAGACCAAGGUAGACGGAGAGAUCUUGCUUCACCUGUAUGACCGGUUUGGGAUUGAGAAGAUGGCCUCCCUGCUCGACGGGGUGUUCGCCUUCAUCCUCCUGGAUGUCGCCAACCGCAAAGUGUUCCUGGGGAGGGACACGUAUGGCGUGCGGCCCAUGUUCAAACUGAUCACAGAUAACGGCUUUCUGGCUGUGUGCUCGGAGGCCAAAGGUCUAACCACACUCAACCACACCAUGGACACGGACCCUCCAAUCACGCCUUUCCCACCGGGACACUUUGAGGUGUUCAACUUGAAGAUGAAUGGGAAGGUGGAGUCCGUUCAUCUGGAUCGCUUCCACACCUGCACCAGCGAGCCCAAACACGUCAUCUUUGACAGCGUGGGGACUCUGGCCUCAGGUUACGACCUUGAGACAGUGAAAGGAAACAUCAGGAUCCUCUUUGAGAACGCAGUGCGGAAACGCCUCAUGUCCCAUCGGAGGAUCGGGUGUCUCUUGUCAGGUGGCCUAGACUCCAGUCUGGUGGCCGCCACGCUGAUGAAACUGGCCAAAGAGGAGGAUAUCAAGUACAAGAUUCAAACCUUUUCCAUCGGUGCUGAAGACAGCCCCGACAUCCUGGCUGCACGCAAGGUGGCAGCACACAUCGGCAGCGAACACCACGAGGUGAACUUCACGCCAGAAGAGGGCAUCAAGGCUGUGGACAAAGUCAUCUACCACCUGGAGACGUAUGAUAUCACCACCAUCCGGGCGUCUGUUGGGAUGUACCUGGUGUCGGAGCACAUCAGAGCAAAGACGGACAGUGUUGUUAUCUUUUCUGGCGAGGGAUCCGAUGAGCUCACGCAAGGGUACAUCUACUUCCACAAGGCACCAUCUCCAGACGCUGCGGCAGAGGACAGCGUUCGCCUGCUAAAGGAGCUGUACCUGUUUGACGUACUGCGAGCUGACCGCACCACAGCUGCACAUGGGUUAGAGCUUAGGGUGCCUUUCUUGGACCACAGAUUCACAGCGUAUUACCUGUCCCUGCCCCCUGAGAUGAGGGUCCCCAAGGAUGGGGUGGAAAAGCACCUGCUGAGAGAUGCCUUCAAGGGCCUUAACCUGAUUCCGGACGACAUCCUCUGGAGGCGCAAAGAGGCCUUUAGCGAUGGUAUGACGUCCAUGAAGAAGUCGUGGUACUCCAGCCUGCAGGACCACCUUGAAUCUGAGGUGAAUGAUAUGCAGCUGGAAAAUGCCACCAAAACAUUUCCCUAUAACCCCCCCCGCACGAAAGAGGCCUUCUAUUACCGGCAGGUGUUUGAGAAGCAUUUCCCAGGUCGGGCAGAGUGGCUGUCCCACUACUGGAUGCCCCGGUGGAUCAAGGCCACAGACCCCUCCGCCAGGACCCUGUCCAUAUACAAGCCAGACAAGGCGACCAAAGCUGACAAGCUUAACGCGGACGACCAGCCAAAGAGUGUUGGGUUCUGCUAAUGAGCAGCUUAAAUCCUGUUCUGCCUUCUACUGAUAACAAGCUAAAGAUUUAGUCAAUAAGGAUAGAAAAAAAAAUCUCCUUUAGGUGAAUGAAAAGUAUAGAUUUUAAUUUGUUUACAUUAAAAAUGCUGGCGUAGACAGAAUUAUAAAAAACUUACCGGAAAAUAAAAUAACUAAUGUGUGUUUAGCGUACAAUGGAAUUUCGUAAAUAUGCACUUAAUCCGGUGUGGAUGAAAAUCUGUGGAAUGACGUAUAUUCAGGAGAAGCAGCGGAGCACUGCUGUACUGAUGGGAGAUUGAGAUUAAAUGGGAUACAGUAACCAAAGUAUUUAUAUAGGACCAUUAGAAGCCAUGUUGCUUAUCUGGUUGUGAUAUUUACGAGUGAUGAGUUCUCAUUACCAUGAAAUACCUUGAUGGAUCCAUUUUUCCAAAGGUCGCCUUUCUGCACACCUUAAAUCUCUGAGUGAGACGUGAACGUGCUCAGUGGCGUGUGUCUCAAUCGGACCGCGCCGCUCCCCUCGCCCCCUGCUGUCUGCCCGUGGAACCUCAGAUUCGGGUCCGUCUUACUGGUUGCAGAGUGCUUUGGCUGCUUAUGCUUUCCCCCAGCUGGGAGACCACCAGCCCUAACGCAGGUGUUUCUCAGCCGUGGGACGAUAUCAUUAUAUGCAGCCUCCCAUAGCGUGUAACCUGUCCAGUCUGGGCUCUUUGCUAACACCCCCCCCCCCGCCCAAUGAUGGUGCGGCUAAUUGUCAAACACCCCAAUAAAUAAAUUCUGAUGACACCCAACCCCCACCCCACCACCCUGUAGCAGUCAGCAGAUUUUCACUGUUUUUCAUAGUAACAUCCCCCUGAAAAACACCCCCCUGAAACAGUACAUCUGUCCCACUAUCAUAUUGCUUGGGACAGAAUUUUGGUCGUGCUUAAGAUCGUUACUUGCUUUCCUGUCCCGUUCUCCGUCAUCCGUGACAGACAUUGAUGAUCUACUUAUGUUCCUGUCUGGCUGCUAUGUUUUGCUUGCUUCCUUUCACAGUCAGCAUGCAUGUCGGCAGGACGGUGCUCGUCUGUCUGUCUGUGUGGAUUUUCCGCUGGUACUACAGUGUCCUCCCACAGUCCAGAGACACACAGGGCAGGUGAAUGCUUGUCGCUGUCCACUUGGAGAUAAGCAGGCAUGUAUCAAAAUGCAUAAAAUGCAAAUCAUGCUGGAUUUUGAUUUAUAUCUGUGGUCAAACUGCACACUGAAAGAUCCUAUAUUUUGAAGAUUCAAUAAAUGUGAGCAGCAACUGGAUAAUAUUCCAGUCUGUGACUUGCCGUCGUAUUCA